CGGUGCUUUGCGCCGUUGCUUCAGUUUGGCGGGUUUAGCGUCAGUCAACAGCCGUGCGCGAGUGGUCACCAUUGGCGGGAACCAAGCCGCGUAACCUUACGGAUUAAAAACUCGAUUUUAUGUGGAUAUCGUGGAAAUGUACGUAAAUAUGAAGUCGACGAACAAGCAGUGGCUCUUCGUUAUAUCUGUCAUGAUAGUGCAAACAAGAAGCUCGCUGUUGGAAGAGCAAUGCCGAGCGCACACCGACUGCCAUGUAGCAAACGCUCAUUGCAUUAGAGGCGUGUGCGCAUGUCAACCGUAUUACGCUCGAGUUGAUAACUCCACAUGCCUAGAAUCUACACUGCUAGGAUCAGAAUGCGUGGUGUCCGAACAGUGUACGUUGAAAGUGGCGUACAGUGCGUGUCUGGAAGGCGUCUGCAGGUGCACCGACGGCCAUCUUCAAUUUCGGAAACACACUUGUUUGUCUCCUGCACCCCCCGGCCACGUCUGUUACAGCAACGAACAUUGCCGCUUGUGGGAUAAGGAGAGCCGUUGCGACUUUGUCAUCUUAAAUUUAUUCGGACGAUGCGCUUGCAAUUCUAACUUCAGGCAGAGUGGCGAUAAAUGCGUACCCACAAAAUUACCUGCCUACCCAACCGAAGCGGUAGUGGCAGAACAGGAUUAUGUUAUAGGCUCCACCAAUGUGCCCAGUCACGAUACCGGGAAUCAAUUUCCUAAACCAGUUAUAAACACUGCAUCACAGAACUCAUUUCUUAGUGCUGUUAAUGAUAAAGAAAACGUUCAACCAAGUAAAUUGCCCGCAUUUACGAGCAGUAACGAUGUACUUAGUAUUGAAGAAGACAAUCCACUAAUGCAGGCUGUGCUGAAAGUUCCGACAAUAGAACCGACAAAUCGUACGCCUGUGUCUAAUAGAAAAGAGGGAGAACCCAAUGAAGUAAUAAGAGUGGAUGAAAUGACUGCGAGUUUGCAUGCAAAUGAUCAACCUAUUUAUAGAGUAGUAACGCAACCUAGUACCGAAAAGAAAACCAACAAGAAGAAUGGGUCAAUAAAGGAACAGGGAUCUGGAAAUAAGCCACACAAAACUGGACACUCAAAGAAAUCAUCAUCAAAAGAUAAACAACGCAUUCGUACGGAUGUCGCACCCGUCGUCGACCUUGGGCCGGCGUCUCUGGGUAUGCCGUGCGUCACAGACUCACAGUGCCAUCUAGUGGAUCCGUACACGAAGUGUCUCAACAAGCGAUGCGAUUGUGUUUACAGAACUAACUCUACGUCUGCGUGCUCAGCUCGUAAUAGAGGCUGUUUGCCCGGCACCUUCCAAUGUCGAUCUACCGGUACUUGUAUCAGCUGGUAUUUCGUAUGCGAUGGCCGAAAAGACUGUCCCGAUGGAUCAGAUGAGAAAUGCCAAGGUACUGGUAAAGACGGUCUAGGCGAGCGAUGUCCGAUGAACUCGUUUAGAUGUGGCGGGCUGGGGUCGCGCUGUGUGUCCAGGGCUUCGCGGUGUGAUGGUACACCACAAUGUCCUGGAGGCGAGGAUGAGAGGAAUUGCAAGGCGACGAGACGUAGGGGAUGUCCACGCCACACAUUCCGUUGCGGUUCCGGUGAAUGUUUACCUGAAUACGAAUUCUGCAAUGCCAUAAUAUCUUGCAAAGACGCAUCCGAUGAGCCUCCACACCUAUGUAAUGAGCAAUCGAGAUGGCGGGCUGCUGAUUUUUGUCCAAUGCGGUGUGGGAACGGUCGCUGCAGGAGUACGGCUGUGGCAUGUUCAGGCAGAGAUGGAUGCGGGGAUAAUACUGAUGAGAUUGCUUGCAACGUUUGUAAAUGUCCCGCAUCGCCGACACCAUUAAGGCAUUCACCGACCGAUUGAAAAUAUUAUCCAGUGAUUAGCAUAACAUUCUGAUAGGACCUAAGUGCUCAAUGUAUCGAAACAACUGAUUUAUAUAAAAUCAAUCUAGUUUCUCAGAUAGAGCACUUGAAGCUUAUUUAAAUUCGAGUACCUUGAACUUGUCAAUAUAAAUAAAACAAGAUUAUUUUAUACUGUAUACAUUUACAACUUAAUGUGAUGGUAAAGCGACAAAGGUGUGCAUACAUGUAUUAUUGUUUAAACUGGAAACAAUUUUGCAAAUAAAUUUUAAAAUCGUUAGUAAUUUGGCUUCAUAUACUUAAUUUUAAGUAUUAUAACCAAGGGAAAGAAGAUAAAUCCAUUACAAAUCACAUUUUAAGGAUUCAAACGGCCUUACCCGCAUAACAUUAUAAUAAGACUGAAGAGUGAUACUGUUGGUAAACGCACACAAAAUGGAACAGUUCGCUAAUUUUAUUUAGAUUGUAGCGGAUUUGUAAAUAAUCUCUAUUUUAAAAUAUUUUUACACGUAAAGUCACGAUUUAAUGAUAUAUUAGCGACGUAAGUUGUCGAUUAUAGCGGUAGUUCUUAGAAUAAAAUUUAGUUUUAUGUGUGAAGUCCGCUUGACUGCGUCAAGAUGCGUGUAUUAUAGUGUGUUUGUAUGUGUGUGAUUAUAUUGAUAAGUAUUUAUUAAAUCAAUUUUAUUUGAACCUCUGUUUUA